AUGUAUGACGCCUUUAACAUGGGGCAGAGAAAAGACCUUCUCAUCAUGAUAUUCCUCAUGAUCUUCCUUCAGCCUGAACUAUCCGCUGCGACUCCAGCUAACCGAGCCCUCAAACGUUCGGAAGGCAUAUCACUCCCAGAAGACAGCGCUUUUAGUGGCAAUAUAUCGCCAGUGAACGAUCGUCUUUGCCGCAUGGGUCUCUAUUAUCUCGGAAUCGUGCCACUACCGUUCUACCAGGGAUAUUAUGAAAAAAAUGGCGAAAAAAUAGACAUCGGGUACGCCACCGAGGCCUACCCCUUCGGCCAGACUUACAAGGAAUUCACAACCGUGUCCGCCAAAAACGAAACUAAAGUCCGGCCCACGGGAGACUCAUGGGUGUUCCAGACCGAGAAUCGGGUAGAGUUUAAUGAAACGGAGGCGGCAUGUACUCAAAUCGCAAGAGAUUUAGACAGGUAUUGGGAAAAUAUUCCAAUCGAUACAAUGCGACUUGGGGGCUAUUGUGGGUGUGUGUUUUGGGACAAGUCUGAUUGCUCAGGAAAUUCGUUUCAACAGCUUCCGGCUAUGGGUCGUAAGGGGGAUGGUAAUGGUAUCAUUCAAUCGGGUUUUGGAGUCCUGGAAGGCAUAAAAACGAUAUCUACAGCCACCAUAAAGAGCGGAAGAUGUGUGCCGUGGGUGCCAUGGCAAAAAGAUGUCGGCGACUCCUCAUCUUUCGUUCCGAGGUGUGAAUUAUUGUUCGGGAACGGCGUGAGAACCCAGCCUCCCCAGCCUUAUGAUAAGGGUGAGAGGAAGGAGAGGAAAAACAUAUUCGCCUUCGAGAAUAUAGAUCAAAUCACCGGCAAAAGCGCCUGCAUCACCAUACCAGAUAAAGAGGCGUUUGUAAUGAGAGAUUGGGAAAUAAAUGGGUGUACAUGCAGUUUUUUCACGAAUGACAGCUGUGAAGCAACUGCUAUUCUUAUUGACGGGCACACGGGACAUGUGAGUGUGAGCCGUUGGGAACGUUUUGGGCGCCAAAAGAUUCGGAGUUACCAGUGUAGUGCUCCUUACGGGCCGGGUUGGCAGGAACGUAAUACAAAAUUUCGAAAAUCUAAACUUCAGGCUGUAUAUUCGACUGAUCCAUGA